GAGCAGCUGGCGCGUCGCCCUCCGCGGCCAAACCGCACCAUGCGCCGAAGCCCCUGCUGUUACCUCCUCGGGGCCUCAGUAGCACCCGCCACGGCCCUGGCUGCGGCUCUGCUCUCGUCCUUUGCCGGAUGCUCUCUCCUAGAGCCAGGGGACUCGGUGGCUUCGGUUCUCAGCCCUUACUUCGGCACCAAGACUCGCUAUGAGGAUGUCAACCCCGGGCUGCUGUUGGGCCCCGAGGUGCCGUGGCGGGCCCCGGCGCUGCUGGAGGCGGCCUGCACCCCGGUGCAGCUGGUCGCCCUCAUUCGGCACGGCACCCGCUACCCUACGGCCAAACAGAUCCGCAAGCUGAGGAAGCUGCACGGACAACUGCAGGCUCGCAGGCCCACGGAUGACAGGGCCGGGAGCGCCGGCGGCCGCGACCUGGGCGCCACACUGGCCGACUGGCCUUUGUGGUACGCGGAGUGGAUGGACGGGCAGCUAGUGGAGAAGGGCCGGCAGGACAUGCGACAGCUCGCGGUGCGUCUGGCCUCGCUCUUCCCGACCCUCUUCAGCCGGGAGAACUUUGGCCGCCUGCAGCUCAUCACUAGCUCCAAGCACCGCUGCGUGGAUAGCGGCGCCGCCUUCCUGCAGGGGCUGUGGCAGCACUACUAUCCUGGGUUGCCGCCGCCCAAUGUCGAAGAUAUGGAGUGUGAACCUCCAAGGAUUAAUGAUAAACUAAUGAGAUUCUUUGAUCACUGUGAGAAGUUUUUACAUGAAGUGGAAAGGAAUGCUACAGCUCUUUAUCAUGUGGAAGCCUUCAAAACUGGACCAGAAAUGCAGAAGAUUUUAAAAAAAGUUGCAGCUACUUUGCAAAUACCAGUAAAUGAUUUAAAUGCAGAUUUAAUUCAGGUAGCUUUUUUUACCUGCUCAUUUGACCUGGCAAUUAAAGGUAUUAAAUCUCCUUGGUGUGAUGUUUUUGACAUAGAUGAUGCAAAGGUGUUAGAAUAUUUAAAUGACCUGAAACAGUAUUGGAAAAGAGGAUAUGGCUAUACUAUUAAUAGUCGAUCUAGCUGCACCUUGUUUCAGAAUAUCUUUCAGCACUUGGACAAAGCAGUUGAACAGAAACAACGGUCUCAGCCAGUUUCUUCUCCAGUCAUCCUCCAAUUUGGUCAUGCAGAGACCCUUCUUCCACUGCUUUCUCUCAUGGGCUACUUCAAAGAUAAGGAUCCCCUAACAGCUUACAAUUACAAGGAACAAAUGCAUCGGAAGUUCCGAAGUGGUCACAUUGUACCUUAUGCCUCGAACCUAAUAUUUGUGCUUUACCAUUGUGAAAAUGCUAAGACUCCUAAAGAAAAAUUCAGAGUGCAGUUGUUAUUAAACGAAAAGGUGUUACCCUUGGCUCACGCACAAGAAACUGUUUCAUUGUAUGAGGACCUGAAGAACUACUACAAAGAUAUCCUUCAGAAUUGUCACACCAGAGAAGAAUGUGAAUUAGCAAAGGUUAACAGUACAUCUGAUGAGCUGUGAGUAACUGGAGAAGAUAUUUAAUUCAUCAGGAAUCUAUUGGGAGCAAUUAUAUGCUUGUAAUAGGUGGGCAAUCCCUUGAUUACAGAAAGCUUUUACAUCACUUGAAUAUUUCUGUCUUUUCCCAGAAAAACAUUGAGGUUUUUUGCUUUGGACAAGAUAUAUGAGAAAUAAUUUUUCACUGGAGCAGCUCUCUUGGGGGGGAAAACCUAUUCAAAGAAACAGCUAGAACUGCAAAUGUUUACAGAAAUUUCCUAUUUAUAUAAAAUUUAAUAUAUCUCAGCCUGAUAUAGAAUAUGAUUUCAAAAUGAUGCUUGAAAAGUGCUGGAGUAACAAAAUAUGUCAGUUGGACAAUCCAUAACUUGACCGAACCAAGUUUAGGAGCUUUACCGAUUGUGCUACAGUUCUCUUUUUCUCAGGUAGGAAAAUUUUAGUAUGUAGUAUUGUUUUUCUUAAUCAGAACUAUUGUGAUAAGCUGGGAGUAUGACUUUGGAAGAAAACUAUUAUUUCUAGAUAAACAUUUGAAACAGUUUUAAAAAACAAGAGUCUGAUCUAAAUGGACACCUUCAUUGAAGCAUAACAAAAAAGUAUAAUAUUUGUGUUAAGGUAUUUAUCAAGUAUUUGAAAGUAAUUGCUUUUAACCUAAUAAGUCUUGCAGGGCUAUCUUAAAUUAUUAUCAUGCUUGUACAUUUAAUAAUGGAAAGACAAAAAGGACAAUUCACAGUCAGAUGGGUAAGAAUCAAAGUUUCUUAAAUCCACUGCUGAUUUUUUCAAUUCUAUCACUUGGCUUCUAUUUUUUAUAUUUUGCUAUUAUAUGAAAUGUAUCUUUUGGUGGUUUGAUUUCUUUUUCUUUUUAAAAUAAAGAUUUCUCAGCUGGCUUAGUUUCACAGUUUUAAACCCAUUGUAAAGAAAUAAAAUAGUUCUUUAAAUGCCGUGAAAGUAUUUGCUAUAAUAAAAUCCCUCUGACUUUA